GGCGAGCAGCUGUGAGCAAACAGAGCAGCAGCAGGCAGCGCAGAGACAACGUUGCUGUUACACCUUUAGCUCAGUUUGUUCAAGUGUUCGUCUGCACACAUUGUUUCUCCUCGGUUACGUUCGCGUACCAUGACCGAACAAUCAGCUUUACUUCUUCGAAAACAACUGGCAGAGCUCAACAAGAACCCUGUGGAGGGAUUUUCAGCUGGUCUGAUAGACGAUGACGACAUAUACAAGUGGGAAGUCGUGAUUAUUGGUCCACAAGAUACUCUUUUUGAAGGAGGGUUUUUUAAAGCAUACCUAACCUUUCCCUAUGAUUAUCCACUACGGCCACCAAAGAUGAAGUUUAUCACGGAGAUCUGGCACCCAAAUGUUGCUAAAAAUGGAGACGUUUGCAUCUCCAUUCUACACGAGCCAGGAGAAGACAAAUUUGGUUAUGAAAAGCCUGAGGAGCGCUGGCUUCCAAUCCACACCGUAGAGACAAUCAUGAUUAGCGUUAUCUCCAUGCUGGCAGACCCCAACAGUGAUUCACCCGCUAACGUGGAUGCUGCAAAAGAGUGGAGGGAGGACCCAAAUGGUGAAUUUAAGAAGAAGGUGGCUCGUUGUGUAAGAAAAAGUCAAGAGAUGGCGUAUGAUUAGGUCUCAGCUGGAGCUCCAGGUUAAAGGAAACGCCUUCAGAGGGAAACCAUCAGCAAAAGGCUUUUGCACCCUUUGUUUUGCCAGUCAAAGAAAUUGGUCGGCCUCAGCCAUGUUUCUGAGAGCGGUCUGCCAGAUGAGCCAAUUUGAGAAUCCUACCAGCGAAAUUACCCUGUUUCCUACCUGGGAUUGUAUAUUUAAUUUUAUUUAUUUUGAAAAGUAAAUGAUGUAAGAUAUGUCACUACUGUAAAUGAACUUGCUUUUUUAUCUGCUGCUGAACAGUUUCUACUUUAUACCAGGUUUCUUAUGCAAUUUAGUGGUCAAGAUUGUGCAAGUCAAAACAAAAGCCUGUUCUCAUUGGGCCGUCACUCGUCCUCCCCGCUCCAUACUAACCAAAUUACUGUCAACCCAAGAACUCUGUCAGUGGGUGUUCUUACUUUUACCACUGUCAGUAUUUCACCGUUGCCUUUUGUUGGCUUUAUGUUCCCACAGUUUGACUCAUAUAAAGAUACAGGUUGGGAUCUUUUAGAGACUUUUGUUUGUUUUGUGAGAAACCGCCUCCUGGUUGUUUUGUUCUAUGGCCUUUGUGUGUCUCAGAUGUCUAACGCCACAGCUCUAUAGUGUGUAAACUCCAUUCUAACAGCUACUGUGGAGAGUCGUCUGAAUGGAAAUGUCUGGACUUACGCAGCAAGUUAAGGCUUUUAGUUUGAUAAUAGACGGACCUGCACAGGCUUAGUCGUAGUGGAACGUUUGUGCCAAAUUCUCAGGAUCUAACUUUGAUACGGUCUUGAUUAGCCAUCAAUGAGACAAAUCUUGUGUGUGCAUCCCAGUCAACGGGGACGUUCCUGGUUCACACAUAAUAACCCAUGGAUCAUCUUUAUUUCGCCCUGGCUCUAGUCAUCUCUCCAGUGGACUGGUUGACAGGCACCUGAGUUUACCUCAGUCUAAACAAAUUGCAGAUUGGAUGACGUUUGUGGUUGAGUUCUUGAUCUGUUGGGAAACACUGGUGAUUUUAUAGGCUCCACAGUUCACUUAGACUAGAGUGGUUCCUGCUUUGUUGUGGCGCAUUUGGUGUGUGUGUGUGUGUGUGUGUGUGUGUGUGUGUGUGUGUGUGUGUGUGUGUGUGUGUGUGUGUGUGUGUGUGUGUGUGUGUGUGUGUGUGUGUGUGUGUGUGUGUGUGUGUGUGUGUGUGUGUGUGUGUGUGUGUGUGUGUGUGUGUGUGUGUGUGUGUGUGUGUGUGUGUGUGUGUGUGUGUGUGUGUGUGUGUGUGUGUGUGUGUGUGUGUGUGUGUGUGUGUGUGUGUCACAUCACAUUCAUGUUUCAGGGUAGAUUAAUUGCCCAUAUUUCUGAGAGCAUCUGAAGUGAUUGAUGCAUACUUGGAUUUGCCUUUACUUAAUCUGGGUUUGUAUUCUCAACGUUCUCUCUCUAGUAUAAAUGGGUUGUGUGUGAAAAUGAAGCCCAGGUCUGGGGCAUAGACGACAUUUUUUGGGUGGAGUUUAGAAAUGAUUGGUCUAUCUUAAGUUGGAGGUGUUUCUUUAUUAUAAAUCAUAAUUAUUAUUACAUAAUUGAUCCUUGACAGACACCAAAACUACUUUCGUCAUUUGGCGCAUGCAGCCAGGUUUGAAGUAACAUUCUGCUUAUAUAGUUAACCACCAUUAGUACGUUCUGGGUGAAUCUGACAUGUACAGUUAGUAGACUUGAUCACAUAACUGCUGUCAACAUUAAUCUCUCCAUGUGACAACGUUUCCAACCUACCAUGACCUCCUCUGACCGGUGUUCACUGUAUUUUCACAGAUGAGGUGCGUUUGAAAUGUCAUUAAGCAAUACGCUCUGAAAAUGGUGUCCAGGUAAUCCACCACAGCGCCAUUUGUUUUGGUUCUUGUAGGUUUUGUUUUUUAUUCUUUUGUUCUCGUUUGUGUCAAUGCAAUGUAUAUUGGACAUGUUGCUCAAUAAAGUGUGUAAACAGA